CCGGAAAUGCGUGUUCUAGCUUUCUGUGUGCUUAGGUGCCCGAGCUACUGAGGGUCUAAGUCCGGGCAGCCGAAGAGUGUGGUAGGUAACGGUCGUCAGCGCAAGGGUCAUUUCGUCGCUGGGAAGGGACGGCCCUCGCCCGCGGUGAUGGUGGUUAGCAAGAUGAACAAAGAUGCGCAGAUGAGAGCAGCGAUUAACCAAAAGUUGAUAGAAACUGGAGAAAGAGAACGCCUCAAAGAGUUGCUGAGAGCUAAAUUAAUUGAAUGUGGCUGGAAGGAUCAGUUGAAGGCACACUGUAAAGAGGUAAUUAAAGAAAAAGGACUAGAACACGUUACUGUUGAUGACUUGGUGGCUGAAAUCACUCCAAAAGGCAGAGCCCUGGUACCUGACAGUGUAAAGAAGGAGCUCCUACAAAGAAUAAGAACAUUCCUUGCUCAGCAUGCCAGCCUUUAAGAUUGAAUUAGAUUGUGUUGUUGUGGUUUUAUUUCUGAAAGUAAAACUUGCCAUAAAUUAGAAAACAAUUUCCCAAAAUAAAAUCCUUUUUUGUAUGAUGGUAUACAGUUUUCAGUAAUGAUGUAUACAUUGUAUUGAUUUUUUUCCCUAAAUGUGUUAUUUUAAUAAAUAUCUCAUGAAUGAGUUUGAAGUUUGCUUGGAUUUUGAAAUGAAUGGGACUUUGUCUUUAUUACUAAUUCACCAAAUUUGUUGAGAGCAAGAGCAAUUAAUGUAGUGUAUUUAGUAUGUACAGUUCUCUAUGUUAACAGCUGAGAAGUAAGCAACCUUUUCUGACUGCAUAUGGUGUAUUCCUCUUUUGAGUCCCCAUAAUAUUUUAUAAAUUGUAAUGCCCCAUCUUGUACUACAGUUGUCUUAUUCAUAUUGUUUAUAAACUCUGAGGGUUAGGACUGGGUCGUACUCAUCUUUAUGUGCCUUCCUUAUGCUUCAAAGAAUUUACCAUCUAAUGGAAGAGAACAUUUGCAAGUUGACUCCAUAUCAAGCUCCUUCCACAUACUCUACUCAUCCGAACUUUGAAUGCAGAAUCUUUAAAUUGCAUCCCCACAUACUAAGGUCAAGAAAGAACUUAAUGGGAAGUAAUCUGCACCCAUUAGCUUUACCCUGACAUCAGGAUUGCCAAAUCCAAUGGACUCUUGUCUAUUCUUAUGUGACUUCUGCUGGAAAAUGCGAAUGUUGACCAUCCUGCCACUUGGAACUCUCUUCCCACUCCUCACAUUGCUUUUUCUACCACUGGAAGUUCCUUCUGUUUCUUGUGGAGUACCUUUUGCUGUCUGGGACUUGUAGAUAAUGGUGUUUCCUAGGGCUCCCUCCAGGGCCCUCUGCCUCACUACCUGGAUAUACUUUUCCUGGGCAAAUCCCAGGAAACUUGCGUCAGACCGUGACUUCAAAUACAGGUUGAUAAAUUUGUGUCUCCAAACCAAACUUCAUCCUAGACUCCAGACCAGAGACCCAACUGCUAUGGAUCAGCUUUUUAGGAUAUCCUCACUUCAAACUGACCUUACCUAAAAUAAUGACUUUUUCCCGCAAUAACUGCCCAUGCUAUAUUCCGUAUUUCUGGAUGGUACCUCCUCCCUAUAUAGAUUAUCUGAGGAGCUUACCGAAAUGCUGAUUCUGAAGAUGAGGGGCAUGACUUAAGAUUCUGUAUUUCUGCCUAGUACCCAACUGGUGCUCAUGCUGCUGAUUGAGAACCACUUUUGAGUAUAGCAAGGCUCUAAAUGAUCCACUGCAUGCCCUCGUAAUUGUCUUAGUUCAAGUCCAGAUUAUUGCAGUAGACUUAGUAUUUCUUUGCCGUAGUUGAUUUGUGCCCCCUCCAGGAUCUGUUCCACCCUGUUGCCUACGUGGCCUUAGUAAAAUUCAAGUCUGGUUAUUUUAUUCCCCUGCUUGGAAUUUCUCAAUGUAGAAUGAAACUCAUUCAGCAUUAACACCUAGGCCCUUCUUGAUCUGACAUCUUGUACUAAAGAAUCCCCACUAUAAAGUUGUUUCAUCCCUAAGUACCUUUGAAAAUCUGUCAACCUAGAAGCCCGCUUUCUCAUUUGUUUCUCAUCCUGUUUGCCCUUCAAAGUUCAGCUUUAGUUGCUAAAACAUUCAGACAGUCCUCUAUCUGACCUAGAACCCACCCCACCACUGGGGUUUUUUUUGGGUUUUUUUGUUUGUUUUUUAUAGGAAGCAGCUAUGCGUAAUUCCUCUUCAACACAGUAGUUCUUGAACUUUUGCAGGCCUCUCCUGGGGAGAAGGAAAUGGCUUCUCUGACUGUAUGAUGCUUAUUUGUGGAUGAAUGGGCAAGGGAACAAAUGAAGGAACAAACAAGUGAAUGAACAGUAUGGGAGUAUGAGAAAAGGUAUAAAUUGGGUAUAGCUGAGAAAAGGAUUCAAAUUGAUCUUUGGUUCACUGUCCAAACACAAUUUCAUCUUUCUGAUGAAUUUAAAGUGUAGUCUUUGAACCAACUGGGUUUAAUUAUGUAAAGUUUUGAGCCUGAGACAAGCACACAAUCUCAAAACCUACCCAAAUGAGUUUUUUGUUUCACUUCAUCUCUUGUAAAACAAUGUUCUAAAGCAAGUGAUAGGGAUGCUCAUCAUUCUGCUACCUGUCAUCACAAUGAAAACAAUCAAAUAGUACACAGGAAAGGUGAGAAAUAGAGGAUAGUUCUUAUUUCAUAGUACUGUAUAUGGAAAUAAACCAAAUUUGCUCAUAGAGAUGCUAUUUUAUUACCUCAAAAAUAUAUAAAAAUGAAAACAUGAAAAUAUUUUAAAAUGAGAUUUAAAAAUAACUGAAUUGAGAACAUCACAGCAAUUUAGAAUACUAAGGAGCAUAGCUUUAAAAUGAUAGUGCUGAGAACUCCCUACCGCUACCCCACCACCUAUAGGCUUCUUUGACAUCUUACAAAUGUUCUCUAGUUUGUAUCUAGAAUCACUUAUAUCUUUCAAAUAAACCAACUUUGUGAACA